CCCAACUUCCAUUAAGGAUUGGGGCAGGAGGUGCUGAAGUUGCGCGCGGGCAGCGGGCGGGAGCGGAACACCGAAGCCGGCUUGCGGGGCGGGCGUGCGGGAGCCGGGCAGGGAUCAGGCCGAGAGCAAGGAGCGUGGCAUGGAGCGUCGGAGGCCCCGUACCUGCCUCGCCCUGCUGUGGGGCUGCAUGCUGGUCGCCACCGCGGCGCAGGGCAAGGAAGUUGUUUUGCUGGACUUUGCUGCAGCGAACGGGGAACUCGGCUGGCUCACGCACCCGUAUGGCAAAGGGUGGGACCUGAUGCAGAACAUCAUGGACGACGCGCCCAUCUACAUGUACUCCGUGUGCAACGUGGUGGCCGGCGACCAGGAUAACUGGCUGCGCACCAACUGGGUGUACCGCGGCGAGGCCGAGCGCAUCUUCAUCGAGCUCAAGUUCACCGUGCGCGACUGCAACAGCUUCCCGGGGGGCGCCAGCUCCUGCAAGGAGACCUUCAACCUCUACUACGCCGAGUCGGAUGUGGACUACGGCACCAACUUCCAGAAGCGCCAGUUCAAGAAGAUCGAUACCAUCGCGCCCGACGAGAUCACAGUCAGCAGCGACUUCCAGGCCCGCCACGUGAAGCUGAACGUGGAGGAGCGCUCCGUGGGGCCGCUCACCCACAAGGGCUUCUACCUGGCCUUCCAGGACAUCGGCGCCUGCGUGGCACUGCUCUCCGUCCGCGUCUACUACAAGAAGUGCCCCGAGCUGCUGCAGGGCCUGGCUCGCUUCCCCGAGACCAUUGCCGGCUCCGACGCACCCUCCCUGGCCACCGUGGCGGGCACUUGCGUGGACCAUGCUGUGGUUCCCCCUGGGGGCGAAGAGCCCCGCAUGCACUGUGCCGUCGACGGCGAGUGGCUGGUGCCCAUCGGUCAGUGCCUGUGCCAGGAGGGCUACGAGAAGGCGGAGGAUGCCUGCCAGGCCUGCUCGUCUGGAUUCUUCAAAUCGGAGGCGUCCGAGAGUGCCUGUUUAGAGUGCCCCGCACACACCCUGCCGUCCUCCGAGGGGGCCACGUUCUGUGAGUGUGAGGAAGGCUACUUCCGGGCCCCGCAGGACUCGCUGUCGAUGCCCUGCACAGGCCCGCCCUCUGCCCCAAGCUACCUCACGGCCGUGGGCAUGGGUGCCAAAGUGGAGCUGCGCUGGAAGGCGCCCCUGGACAACGGGGGCCGCGAAGACAUCACCUACAGGGUCACCUGCGAACAGUGCCUGCCCGAGUCAGGCGAGUGCAGACCUUGCGAGGCCAGCGUGCGCUACUCCGAGCUCCCGAACAAGCUGACCCGCACCAGCCUGAUAGUCAGCGACCUGGAGCCCCACAUGAACUACACCUUCGCCGUGGAGGCCCGCAACGGUGUCUCGGACCUGGUGGCCAGCCGCAGCUUCCGCACCGCCAGCGUCAGCAUCAACCAGACAGAGCCCCCCAAGGUGAAGCUGGAGAGCCGGGGCACCACCUCGCUGAGCGUGUCCUGGAGCAUCCCUGUGCCACAGCAGAGCCGUGUGUGGAAGUACGAGGUCACCUACCGCAAGAAGGGGGACUCCAACACCUACAACGUGCGCCGCACCGAGGACUUCUCUGUGACCCUGGAUGGCCUGGCUCCGGACACCACCUACCUGGUCCAAGUGCAGGCGCUGACACAGGAGGGCCAGGGUGCCGGCAGCAAGGUGCACGAGUUCCAGACGCUGUCCAUGGAAGGGUCUGCCAACGUGGCGGUGAUUGGCGGAGUGGCCGUGGUCAUUGUCUUGCUCCUGGUGCUGGCAGGAAUCGGCUUCCUCCUCCAUCGCAGGAGGAAGAGCCAGCGGGCCCGCCAGUCCUCGGAGGAUGUUUACUUCUCCAAGUCAGAACAACUGAAGCCCUUGAAGACAUAUGUAGACCCCCACACGUACGAGGACCCCAACCAGGCCGUGCUCAAGUUCACCACCGAGAUCCACCCGUCCUGUGUCACGAGACAGAAGGUCAUCGGAGCAGGAGAGUUUGGGGAGGUGUACAAGGGGACGCUGAAGGCGUCGGGGAAGAAGGAGGUACCUGUGGCCAUCAAGACGCUGAAAGCCGGCUACACCGAGAAGCAGCGGGUGGACUUCCUCAGCGAGGCCAGCAUCAUGGGCCAGUUCAGCCACCACAACAUCAUCCGCCUGGAGGGCGUCGUCUCCAAAUACAAGCCCAUGAUGAUCAUCACUGAAUACAUGGAGAACGGGGCCCUGGACAAGUUCCUUCGGGAGAAGGAUGGCGAGUUCUGCGUGCUGCAGCUGGUGGGCAUGCUGCGGGGCAUCGCGGCAGGCAUGAAGUACCUGGCCAACAUGAACUACGUCCACCGCGACCUGGCCGCCCGCAACAUCCUCGUCAACAGCAACCUGGUCUGCAAGGUGUCCGACUUCGGCUUGUCCCGUGUGCUGGAGGACGACCCUGAGGCCACCUACACCACCAGUGGUGGCAAGAUCCCCAUCCGCUGGACGGCCCCGGAGGCCAUCUCCUACCGCAAGUUCACCUCGGCCAGUGACGUGUGGAGUUACGGCAUCGUCAUGUGGGAAGUGAUGACGUAUGGCGAGCGGCCCUACUGGGAGCUGUCAAACCACGAGGUGAUGAAAGCCAUCAACGAAGGCUUUCGGCUGCCCACGCCCAUGGAGUGCCCCUCCGCCAUCUACCAGCUCAUGAUGCAGUGCUGGCAGCAGGAGCGCGCCCGCCGCCCCAAGUUCGCCGACAUCGUCAGCAUCCUGGACAAGCUCAUCCGCGCUCCCGAAUCCCUCAAGACCCUGGCUGACUUUGACCCCCGAGUGUCCAUCCGGCUGCCCAGCACCAGCGGCUCCGAGGGGGUGCCCUUCCGCACCGUGUCCGAGUGGCUCGAGUCCAUCAAGAUGCAGCAGUACACAGAGCACUUCCUGGCAGCUGGCUACACGGCCAUUGAGAAGGUGGUACAGAUGACCAACGAUGACAUCAAGAAGAUUGGGGUGCGGCUGCCCGGCCACCAGAAGCGCAUCGCCUACAGCCUGCUGGGACUCAAGGAGCAAGUGAACACAGUGGGGAUCCCCAUCUGAGCUCCGACGGGGCCUCGCGCCCCCCUCGGCCAAGAAUACUUGAAGAAACAGUGGCCUCCCUGCCAGCUCUGCGCCUGGCGCCAGGGACCUUAUUUAUUUCCAGUUGUUUCUUACGGAUGCCCCCCUGAGGCCUCUGCUGGGGGCAGGGCGGGUGUCUAGAGGACAGCUUGGCCUGAACUGAACUGAGGAGGUGCUCAGGGAUCCGGGUCGGGGUGCUUUGCCCACAAAGGACAGCAGCCAAGCACUUAGCAGGCACCGCCGUGGUCCCAGCUCCUGGGCAGGCGCCCCGCCAAGGCCGUGGGACAUACACGCGGGGCAUUUCCAAACCGGCCUCCCUCUCGCCGUCUCAGGAGGCGAGUGGUCGCAGGAACAGGGUACCUCACGCCCCACCCACUCACGAGCAGAGGACAGACAGCACGCUCAGCCGGGAGAGGCCCAGAGUUGUUCCCCAUCUUCUAGUGCAGCGGUCGGCAAACUGCGGCUCGCGAGCCACAUGCGGCUCUUUGGCCCCUUGAGUGUGGCUCUUCCACAAAAUACCGACUUCUGCACAUGGGCCACGAAGUUUCAAUCGCACUGUACGUGCGCGCCCGCACGUGGUAUUUUAUGGAAGAGCCACACUCAAGGGACCAAAGAGGCGCAUGUGGCUCGAGAGCCGCAGUUGGCGGACCACGGUGCCUUCCGCAGGCCCUGUCCUCAGCCCCCAGGGGCCAAACCCGUGCUUCCCCAGGGCCCUCACAGGAUGCUCGGUUGUGUUGAGGUUUUUUAAAAUAUAUAUUUUGUACUUUGUGGAGAGAAUGUGUGUGUGACAGGGGGCCCGGCUAGGGCUUGGGGCCGAGGACGGUGUGUCAGACAUUCCCAGGCAGGGGGCUGGUCCAUCCAUCUCUCGCCUCCUUAGACAACAUUCAUGACUCCGUCAGUGUUAACGAUUCUGUUUUGUGGGGAGUUGUUGUUUUUUUUGAACCUUAAUUUAUUAUUAUUUUUUUAUAUUUAUUGUUAGGAAAUGACUUAUUUCUGCUCUGGAAUAAAGUUGCAGAUGGAUCAAACUGA